AUGAGAUACGUGGACGUGUGUUCCUUAUACCCUUACGUGUUGAAACACAGACCUUUUCCCCUAGGUCAUCCCGAGAUCAUCACAGACAACUUCCAGGACGUGAGAAGUUAUUUCGGUCUCAUUCACUGUCGGGUCUUACCACCCCGACGCCUCUUUCACCCCGUAUUACCUUAUCGGACGGGAGGUAAGUUAUUAUUUCCCUUAUGUCGCACCUGUGCCCAACAACAAGACUCUACUUGUCAACAUCCAUGUCAACACACCGACCGGGAACGUAGUCUCACGGGUACUUGGGUGACGACCGAAUUACAUAAAGCCCUAGACAUGGGGUAUACCUUAGAGCAAACUUACGAAGUGUGGGAUUUCAAAGAAAGCAGUCAAGACUUAUUUAAAGACUACAUCGAUACCUUCCUCAAGAUCAAACAGGAAGCGUCCGGAUUUCCCCCCGAGUGUAAGACCUCAGAACAAGAACAAGAUUACAUUCGACAAAUCUACGACAAAGAAGGAUUCAUGAUGGACAUUCUCAGUAUCAAGAAGAAUCCAGUGUUAAGAACCAUUGCUAAACUCUUUUUAAAUUGUCUGUGGGGAAAAUUUGCUCAACGGUUGUUAUUACCCAAAGUCAGAUACUUGGACGAAGUAGAGGAAUUACAUCAACUCUUACAAAAUUCGACGCUCGACAUCAAGGGUGUGCGACUCUUAGUCAAUAAAGAAGAUUCCAUUGAAGACAAGAUUCUAGUGAAUUUUCAAGACAAACAGGAAUUCGUCGAAGAAUGUCCCUUUGGAAACGUGAUCCUGGCUUGUUUUACCACCGCCUAUGCUCGCUUACAUCUCUACGAGACUUUACGACCUUUAGAAGAACGGGGCCUUUAUUUCGAUACGGACAGUAUCAUUUACCAACAUAAGGAAGGAGCUUUUAAUCCUACUUUGGGCAAUAGUUUAGGAGAAUGGACCGACGAAUUAGACGGGGAUCACAUCACUAAAUUCAUGUCGGCAGGUCCUAAAAAUCAUGGUUUCCGGACGGAUAAAAGGACCGAGGUUCAUAAAUGCAAAGGAGUCACUCUCAACCAUCGAACCUCUCAGUUGGUGUGCCCAGAGACUUUAGAAAAAAUGCUCAAGGGAGAAAUAGAGGAAGUAAAAGUCCCCUAUCCCAGGAAAAUCAAGAGGACCCGUGAUUAUGAGGUGGUGAACAAACCUUCAGAGAAAACAGUUAGAAUUGUAUAUGACAAGAGACAAAUUGUAGAGAAUUAUAACACUCUACCUUAUGGUUAUUGA